AUGGCCAGCCCACGACGCUGCCAGAGCUUGCUGCUGGCCCUGGCGAUGGCCUGCUGCCUGCAGGGCACCCAGGGCCUUUGGCCCAAGCCGGAGGCAGUCACCAAGGGCUCUCGCACUCUGUAUGCGUCCAUCCUGAAGAGCACACCGCUGGGCAUUGGCGACAAGGAUGACGUGAUCAGCGAUGGCUUCGCCUACGCCCUGGAAGUGGAGGCUUUGGAAGAGGAGGCCGAGGCGGGCCAGCAGGAGCUGCGCAAGGAGCGGCGGCACAAGCGGUGCCACGUCAUACGCACAGUGGAGGUCAGCGUGACUAGCAGUGACCAGUCGCUGACGCUGGAGACGAGGGAGAGUUACUCUCUGAGCAUCGAGGCGGGGGCCAUCCAGAUCCAGGCCAACAGCGUCUUCGGUGCGCUGCGAGCCAUGGAGUCGCUGGCCCAGCUGGUGCGCCGCCGCAUGGUGGAGGAGGUCGAGCGCGCCGCUAGCGGCUUCAGUGCCGGCAGCGAAGUGCAGGAGGGCUUUGUGCCGGAGGAGGCAAUGUGGGCAGAUUCGGGAUCUAAGUCUGGCAAGGCCACUGGCACUGGUGCGACUGAACCAGAGAAGCCGCCCCAUGCCACUGUGCUGCUGGUGGAUGAGGUGGACAUCUACGACGCGCCGCGCUUCCGUUACAGAGGCCUGCUCAUCGACACCGCGCGUCACUUCCUGCCGAUAUCAGUCAUCAAGGAGCACUUGGACGCCAUGGCCAUGGUGAAAAUGAACUGCCUGCACUGGCAUCUGACUGACGACGAGUCCUUCCCAUGGCUGUCCGAGGAGCUGCCUGAGCUGGCAGGAAAAGGUGCGUUUGCCCCGGAGGCAGUCUACACCAGCAAGGACAUCCGCGAGGUUGUGGAGUAUGCUCGGUUCCGCGGCAUCCGCGUCAUCCCGGAGCUGGACAUGCCUGGUCACACCCAGAGCUGGGGCAAGGCUUACCCAGGUCUGCUGACCCAGUGCUUCGACACCGACACGGUGGAACCCACGGGGCGGCUGGGGCCCAUCAACCCCGCUCGCAAUGAGACAUUUGGGUUCAUCUGGCGCCUGCUGCGGGAGGUGGCGCGCACUUUCCCCGACCCCUACAUUCACCUGGGAGGGGAUGAGGUGGAUCAUGUCUGCUGGAAGAGCAACCCUGAGGUCCAGGAGUUCAUGCAACAGCACGACUUUGCCUCCGUCGCGAAGCUGGAGGCUUUUUUCAUGGCACAGGUCGUGCGCCUGGCCUCCACCGCUGGCAAGGCAGCCAUUGUGUGGCAGGAAGCGUUUGAUCAAGGCGUGCCACUGCCCCCCUACACGCGCGUGCAAGUGUGGAAGUGGUGGAAGGAGCAGGGCCAGGAAACAAAGCCCGAGGCAGAGAGCAGCAGCGGCAGCACCGGCGGCGGUGCUGCAAUCAGCAUGCGGGGCAGGGCUGCUGCAGGUGGUGGAAUGGCUGCUGCCCGGCGGCGUGCCCUGCUGGAGCACCCUCAGGGGAGGUGUGACCCGGGCUUCGGCUGCGAAAAUGCUGCUGGCGACGACGACGCAUGGAAGGCGGAGCUGCAGGCGGUGACAGGGCACGGGUAUGACGCCAUCCUGUCCGCGCCCUGGUACCUCAAUUUGGGAAGCUACGCCGGGCAAGAAUGGCAGCGCUACUAUGCAGUUGACCCAACAGACUUCCAGGGCACCACAGAGCAGAAGGACCGCGUGUUGGGGGGCACCGCGUGCGCCUGGGGAGAGUUCAUUGAUGCUGUCAACUCGGUGAAUCGGGUUUGGCCUCGUGCUGCUGCGGUUUCAGAGCGCCUGUGGUCGCCUGCGGAUGCAACAAAUGUGGACGAGGCGGCGGCUCGCCUGGCAGACUUGCGCUGCCGCAUGCUGUCGCGGGGCAUUGCGGCGCAAUCCACAGGACCUGGGUUCUGCCCUGGCGAGUUGACGACCCGCAUGUGAAAUGAUGGUGGUGGAGACCGGCAGAUUUGAUGGAUCAGUACUUUGGAACUGAGUUGUUACAGCUUGCCUCGCUCGCUGGAAAUAACGUCUUUUGUCAAUAUGUGUCACUGGAU